AUGCAGUCUAUCCACCUCAGCAGCUCUGCCACGUCAACUUUGAAUUACCGGCUUACAGAUGGGCCCUACCACCACAGCUGCUCUGCCACAUCAUCCUCUCGGCACAAGCAGACGAGGAGACGGACUGAUGUUGUUGCCGAUGUGAUCUCCACAACAUGUUUUCCUGUGAUCUUCCUAUUGCUCAACGUGGUGUGCCUCCUCCGCAGGACGUCAGCGCCGGUUGCCAAACUGCGGCCCUUGGGCGGAGAGGAAGGGGUCUGCGUCAACAUAGAUGUCGUCCGCCUCUUGGGAACACCGUGGAGGAAGAAUGUUGUCAGCCGCCGCCCACCAUGCCCUCCUAGAUGCACCAUUGGAGAUCAGGAAGGACGCCUUCAAUAUUCAAGUGGCAGUAGGCUGCUAUAUAGGAUUUGGGGUGACUUGUGUUUAUAUAUGUUCAAUUCUUGCAUUCAGACUAUGGUUCUGCGAGGCACAAGUAGCAGCGUCGAAUAUGAAGAGGGUCAUAACCAUCUCACUCACUCUCAACCUGCGCUAAAAAAUUAUUGGUAUAUGCACUUCAUGUCGACAAUUGUGAUACCAUAUGUCCUGGAUGGCAAGCUUAUUCUCAGAUUUGGUCAGAGUCCUGCUGCAAGUGUCGAGCGAUUUUCCGCUGAUGGCAAGGAUCUAAGAUGAUUCGGUGGUUUUGCUUCUCCCAUCAAUAGACAAGUAUCCGACAAGACAAUUUCCUGCUGCGGGUAGCUCAAACGGGGCUGCUGGCACCCUGUACACGCAUAAAACAGUCAUGCGUGCCUUCGCUGUUCAAUCAUUUGGCUAAUUACAUUUUGUUUCAUCCUUUCUUUAGCUUUUAAAUUCAAGCCACUAAAUUUAUAAUUUCUUUACAGUAUAAGCAUGGAUGAGUUCAUUGGCUGUGUUCACUUUGUUUGUCCUACAGACAGGAGCAUAAGUGGUUUUAAGCAUGCUACCGGUUGCCUGGCACUUGGUGAGGGUUGAAGGACCUAUGUGAUAUUAUUCUGUCAUGUAACCUCUAUUUAGGCUGCUACUCAAUUGAUUAUUACUCCCUCUGUCUCAGAAUAUAAGAACGUUUUUGACACUAUACUAAUGUUAAAAACAUUCUUAUAUUUUGGAAUGGAAGGAGUAUAAAAUGUUCCGCAGCAACGCACGGACAAUUAUCUAGUUAUAUAUAUUUGUCUAACCCGAGACCAACCGCCACUCCUCUUGUCUCCUCCUACCUCGAGUUCUUCCCUGAUCCAAAUCCUCCCUCAAAUUUCCAACCGAACCAACCACUCGAGGCCUCCCCUCGAUCCGCCCGGCCAACCAGAGCUACUCUCGAUCCAACUCCAUCCACCUCACCUGCUGCCUCCUCCCGCAAGCCUCCUACCACUUCUCAGGUCUUUUCCUCUCGCUGGUUCACAGGGACGAGCGUGAUGGAGAGCCAAGCUCCCGAUCCAGGUCCGCCCGCCCGCAUGCUCGAGGACGCCCGGGGCCGUGCCUCCUCUUCCCUCCUCUGUUCGUUCCCGAGUGGAUCGUGAGCACCAGCGCCUCCCCGCGGCCUUGCGCGUACACGCCGCCGGCGACAACAGCUGCAGCGUCGUCCCGCUCCUCUGCUUCGACAGCCAGGCGCUCGAGGCCACGCGUUCCUCCCCUCGCGCAACACCUCGUCGCCGUCCAGAGACUCCUCGCGCCGUCGCCGUCCGGCAAGUAACCGGACUAGGACCCCUCGCCCGCCGGCCACCUCUCCGACCAGCAGCUCCCGCUGAUGCCAUGGCUCCUGGACCUCAAGUCUCUCGCCCGUGCCAAGUUCCUUGCUCGCGCGCCAAGUUCCUGGUCGCCUCCGCCUGGAUCCGCUCCUCCUCGCCUUGUCCUCGUCGCCGGGAGCCCCGCCAUGGCCGCCCCACCAUCUCCAGCGUCGCGCCCAAGUCCCACGUCGCCGGCAGCCGUUCCCACCGUCCGUCGCCCCGAACCUGCUGCUGCUGUCUUUGUUCUUCAGUGACGAGAAGGAUCACCUCGGGUACCACCACCCCCGCCUCGGAUCCCAAAGAUGCGGUGAUGGGAGCCGGCCUGGUUCAAAUCUCUAACCAGGCUGAUGUGACCAACGCUGUGGUCGAGGAGCAGGAGCCAAUCCAGUGCAAUCCGCAGUUGCCGGAGGGCCCGAGCGCAGUAUUGGCAGGUUCGGAUGUGGACAAGAGGGAGGUGGGCCUUAGCAGUACGAGGGGACGGGCCAUCGACCCUCCACUGCUGGGACCGGAUUUCGAGACGGUGCGGAGCCAGGAACCAACUCAAGUGGUGAGCAUGCUACCGCGUGUCGACAAGAGUGUGCUGCUUGCUGCCGCCACGGAUAAGGACAAGGCCGCAGAAAGGGACCCAUUGGUGCAUGCCCCUUCUGCAUGCAUCGGAGCGCAUUCAUGCAUGAUGGGGCAGGACGCGAUCAGCUAACCACCCCUGCUUGGCAAUGAUUGCCAGCAUGCAUCUGCUGGAGGCGCAGACCCACCUGCUAGCUCCUCGGGAUGCGAGGAGAUGGCUUCACUCCCAUUGGCGCGUGCCCAUGCAUGCCUGGAGGUGCGGGAUGUUGGGGAUCGUUGCAGAAAUUAAAAAAUUUCUACGCA